UCUCUCGUUGCAGCGCAUGCAACGCCGAAAGCACCGUAUAUAAGAGAGCCGCGUAUACGUGUGUGGGUGGUAGGGAGUAGGAAUUCGGAGUCGGCAAUAUGGCCGGCCAGAUGUGCAGCGGCAGGGUGUCACGGUGGUGUUAGUGCCGCGCGUUGGAACUGGAGAGUACUCGGUCUCGUUAUUUAUAUGUCGAACUAUCGCAAGUCUUGUCCGAAUCUCGCGUGUUUUCAUGGGCUCGGUGAUAUACUGUGCAGGAGCAGGAAUACGGCUUGCAUGAGGGCAUAGCACACGCUCACCGGCCAAGCAAACAUGAACGAAGUGAGCAUAUCAUCCGCCCGCGCGUCGGUGAUGGUGUACGAUGACGUGAACAAGAAAUGGAUACCAAGCGGCAGCUCGUCCGGCCUGUCCAAGGUCCAGCUCUAUCACCAUCAGGUGAACAAUACGUUCCGCGUGGUCGGUAGGAAGCUGCAGGACCACGAGAUCGUCAUCAACUGCGCGAUCCUCAAGGGACUCAAGUACAAUCAGGCGACGGUCACGUUCCAUCAGUGGCGGGACAAUAAGCAGGUCUACGGGCUCAAUUUCUCCAGUAAGGACGACGCCGACGCCUUUGCCCGGGCGAUGCUCCAGGCACUCGAUGUGCUGAGCAAUGGCAGUAACAUAUCACGAAGUCUUGCUCCGACAACCGCCACGACUACUCAACAGCAGACCGCCUAUCAGCAGCAGCAGCAGCAACAACAACAACAGCAACAACAGCAGAGCCAAGCAACCGCUCAAUAUGAAGAGGACAUGGGAUACAGAACCAUGACCAGAGAGGACGUGGCAAUAAUUCAGGAACGCAGAAUGUCCCAACAAAGUCAAGCAACGGGCAGUCCUAAUCCUAUAUCACCGAGCUGUCCGCCGACUGCGCAGCAGCAGCAGCAACAGCAGCAACAGCAACAACAAUCCGGUCACCAUCGAACUUCGUCGGCACCGCCGGCGCCGCAGCCACCGCAACAGCAGCAAUCGGCACUAAUGCAGGGUGUCAGCGGUAUGGUCCCAGCUCCUCCACAAAUGUCAACUGGACCGCCGCCGGUACCGCCGCCUCAGCCGCCGAUUGCACCCCCCGCCCCGCCAUGUCCGCCAGCAAUGAUGAACUUUAAUUCGUCCGCGGCACCGGCGCCACCGCUGAUGAUGAAUCAGUACGCGCAAUCACCAUCAUCCCAAUCGAACCUUGCAAAUCAACAGUCCCAGCCCAUUUACGUUACUAAUCAGGCAAGUCAGUACGGUGCCGCGCCUACGAGUAAUCAGUACGCAAGCGCUGCUCCCGUUGGCGGAACCGGAAGCAGCGGUGCGAGCAGCGUCGUGGGCCAGAGUCCAAACCAGUAUCCGCAAUCCAGCAGUCAGAAUAAUUUCUAUGGUACUAACAGUCAGACGAGCAAUUACGCUACGGGAGGACAGGCUAAUGCAGGCCAAUACAACCAAUCGACCGGCAAUCAGGCCGCGCCGUAUGGCAGCGUUGGUGGUAAUCAAUACGGAAGCAGUAGCUCGAUAAAUCAGUACGCCGCCGGUCCGCCGCCGCCUGGUCCGGGAAGCCAAUACGCGGUCGCGCAACCCGGUCAAUCGCAGUACGGCAGCAUCGUGUCACAGGCGCAAGCACAAUAUGGCGGUACAGGUAGUCAAGCAGUCCCCUCAGCAGGCACCACAAAUCCGUAUGGGACACCAUCAAACUCGGUGAAUCAGUACGCCGCCAGUGGACACCUUACGGUCGGCGCAAACGCUUACGCUCCCAUUGUUAGCAGCGGCCCGCCGCCGCCCCCAAUGGUACCACUGACCGGAAUCGCCGCACCACCUCCACCGCCGCCACCACCCGUACCUAACGCUAACAGUUCCAUCGCCAGCGCCUCGUCCAUCAGUUCUUCAAGCGAUCCACCGCCCGAUACUAAUUCAUUAGCCGCCGCUCUUCAAGCUCGUCUUAAGAAGAAACAGCAACAAUCGCAGCCCGUGGAAAACAGUGGAUCGAGCACUAGCAGUAGCGGUAGUGGAAGCGGUGGCAAUUAUGGUACUUUAGGAAGAGGUGGAGGCGGCGGAAUGGCUUCCAUGAUGGACGAGAUGGCCAAAACUUUGGCACGCCGACGAGCUGCCGCCGAGAAAAAGCAACCUGAACAACCACCGGAGCCGGAAAGCUCACCAGACAAAAAAUCUUGGGAUAAGAACAACACAUCAAAUAAUAAGUUCUCCAACGGCGCCGAAUCGCCGAAAUCAGUACGCAAGAGGUUUGGCUCGGCCUCGGAGGAUACCCUCCUCAAGGUAAACGGAGUUAACGACGGCACCUCGUUUACCGCGCAAGAGAUGGAGGCCUUUAAAGUGGAGAUAAUCAAGGAAGUGCGUAAAGAGUUCCAAAAAAUGAAGCAGGAAAUAAUCGAUGUUGUGAGAACAGAACUGAAUAAGAGAUAAAGAAUAUGAUAAAAAAGAAGCAAAGGAGCCCAGAGCCGAACUCUCGAAGCCGACAAGAAUAAGACGGGAAAAACAGAAAAUAAAAAAGUAAUUAAAGAGAGAGUUUUAUGACUAGAUCGCUCGAUAUUGGAGCGACAUUAACGAGAACCAUAUACAGGUUUUUACAACGUAUUUGCAACAGAAUGUAGUGUGGUUACAUUCAUGUAUAUCGGACGUUUAUGUGUAAGUAAAUUAAUCCAAUUUAGUAUUUUAAGUGACCGUUAAUCCUUUCGUUAUUUGCUAUAUAAAUAACAAUCGUAACGAAACGUUGAAUCAGUUGAGUUUCGUUUGAGUUUAGUUUCAUGGAAAAAGUCUCUCGAUACAAGCACAAGGGAUCACGAGAAAUCCUUACAAGUUUCAAACGAAAGAGAAACUUUUUACAAUGAAAAUAUAAAAUAAGUACACGCGCACAAUGAAGUACUAUUAAAUCGCUUUGUAGAUUAAAGAAGAUAUUGAUAAAAAUCAAAAAAUGGUGUACUAUUUAUAAUAUGUAUAAAUAAUAUCAAUCUCUAUACACACGUAUAAAUAUCUACAGUAAUAGCUACAUUUUGACAAGUUUAUAAUCGAGGCCAGUCAAGCGACAAAAUUUGAAUAAUUAAAGUUGAUAUUAAUCAACUAGACGAAAAUUGUAAAUUUGAUUUAAACCACAAGAGACUCAAUUAUUUCAACGUCCAAGUUACGCGUCAUAUAUUUUUUACCGUGUAUGGUCAGGCAGGGUUUCUAAGACUUCUCUUGUAUAAUGAAACAUUUUUUUACACAAGAACGAUCUCAUUAUACAACAUUCUAUACAUAAUUCUUUCGUCAAUAUCGUGGCAUGUGUUUUCCUCGCAUUUUUGUCUUUUAUUUUAUCGGCGCCAUGUCGUUUUAAUCAUUUAUGCGAAGCACAUUGCAUUGUCGAUCUCUAUUGUGACGCGGAUUCAUCUCUGAAUGAAAAUGUAAAUGGGCGAAUACAUUCCAAGAUACAUCCCACGUUCUCCGAUACUGCGCUAAUCUCCUAGACACGUUAAACAUUGUAAAUAGCAAUAAACGACGAUAGACGGAUGCCACGAUCGUUGAUUGUGAAAUUCUCGAGGACACGCUAUAUUGCGCUCUUAAACGGUAUAUAAUUAAGAAAAAAUCUCCGUGUUAAUAUCCAUUCCGGGAUAUCGAAUAUCUAAAUUACGACUCGACGCACAUUUUAGCAAUACGCGGCAUUUUGUUUCUCAUAUUCCAAACUAUUGUCAUACAUCGAAUCAUACUUUCUUCGAUUGAAUAAGAGAAAAAAAAAAAGCUUUCUUGAAACCCGACGUCUCUCUAAUCUCUAUUUUCAUGGCUUUUCAUGUGAUUAUUUUCCGGCUUCUAUCCAGCUUUCUUUCGACAAGCUUUUCUGUUUAGACAAUAUUUCUUUCACUCGCGUGCGCGGAUAAGCUGCUAAACAUUCAUAAUACGAUAAGUGGUUUAUUUCUUGUAUCAUCUCUCGAGGCUAUUUGCUUUAUUUUACUCUCGACACGUUACGCGAGCGAUCAAAUUUUCACGCGAAGAGCCACGGCUUCUACCAUUUAACCGGUUCAUCAUUUGAACGUGAUACGCAAUAAGUACACUUGACUCGCUGUCGCUAUCACGAUCGCGUGAUCGAGAAUUACUAUUAAUAUUGAGAUAUUUCGUGAGAGAAAAAAAAACGCGCAGGAUAUAUAUUUAUCUUAUACGCGCGCGCGUGAUUUCAUUCGGUCGGUAAUCGUCCAUCACCGACUCGCGUGAUUUUCUUCAAAGGCUGAAUUUUACACGAUUUUUAUUACACGCUUUACCGCGCUUUAUUAUACAUAUAUUGACACGCUUGUUUUACGAUAAACGUAAAAUCGUAAGGAUCCUCGAUAAUCAUUUCGAAGGGAUUAGAUGAGAGACAGUUUUCUAGUCGAGUCAUGGGAGUGAGAGAUAAUUUUGCAAGGAAAGGUGUACAAUUUUGACAACGAGCGGCGGUAAAGCUUAUCUUCGACAUCUAAAAUACAAUUUGUCGUUUAUCUUUUAUCGAUUAGUUCUUCUAAUCCGUCUUCUCUUGUAAUUUUCUGCCUAAAUAUCGGCUAUAAUUUUACCUAGCGUGAUAUAAUUAUACAUUUAUUUCCUUGCUAUAUUCCUCGCGAGAUAGCGAUUUGCAUUCUCUCUCAGCGAAAACAUCACACGCAAAUAUUAUUGCCGAUAAUCGAGAGAAGCGCGUGUAUAUGCGAUUUGUAAGCGCGCAAUUUGUGCGUGCGAUUAUUUUUUUAUAUAGAGGGUGUACUUCUUUUCUUUCUACCCUUCUCUAUCCUUUUUUUACUUCUAUUUUCUAUACUGCAUCUCUUUGUACAUAUAAAUUUAUCUGGUGUGGAUCUUCCAGUAUAAUGUAUUUAUUUUUAUCAUCUUUCUUCUUUCUUCUUCUUCGUUUUUUUUUUCUUUUUCCAAAACGGCGGUAUCACGAUUGUGUAUAUGAGAGAGGGAGAAAAUGUAGAAAUAUUUCGAAAAGCUUUCCCGAAUAUUUCCUUAUAGACGCAAUUACAGAGCUCAUUCUCUUAUCGUUCUUUCGCUUAUAUCUUGCGCUUUUCCUUUCCUUUGUCCCUUUGUUCUCCCUCCCGCCGAUAUAUCCGAUGUUUCACGUGAUUUUUGAUAAAUUUGAAAUUGAAUAAGGAAAAAAGGAAAAAGAAAGAGAGGAAGAGUGUGUGUUAUUAUAUUGAACAAUAGUAAAUUAUGUGAAAGAGGAAUUUUUUAAAUAAAAAUAUAUGUACUAUAUUAUACACUUGUAUUAUAUAAUUUGCUGAGGCUGAGGUUUCGCCAAGGGAGAGCUCUUCAUCUUUAACCGCUCAUAAGUGGAAAAUUAUAUUGGCAUAUCGAUAUUUUAGUUGAGCAAGGAUAUUUUUUUUCCAAAUUGCUCGAAUAGAAUCUAUCGUUAAAAUUAAACGCGAUCAUCGUGAAACACCGUGUAUAAUUAUGAUAUCAAUGCACGCGCACUGAUAGUGCCCUGGUUUUUUUCCUACACUCGGUCGUCUCUCGUUAAUAUAACGCAUUUUUAUCGCGUAAUUAUAGUCCGCGAUGUUUGCGACUACGCACUAUCGAAGCUGCGAUAUGCAUAUUAUUUGCGUAUAUUUUUUUGCACACUUAAAUACACACGCAGUACAUAUAUUGAGUAUAUUAUGGCGAAACUAUAAUUUUCAUAUCGUAGUUUUAAAGCGGGUAUUGUAAGAGUGUGUUUGUGUUACGAUUGCAAAAAGUUAUUUGACAGGAACGGGUUGAGAAAAAACUUGAAUAAUAACGAGGUAAUAAAGGUUUGUCGUGACCGAGGCCAUUAAUAAGCACUGUGUAUUGCGAUGUGAUUGCUAUGUUAAUGAUCGAAUAUACAUAAGCGACUCGAAAUUUGCAUUUAAGACGAGUGAAACCAGCGACGAAAAUUUUUCGGUAAUUUAAUCGACGUCGUUUCGUUUACUUAUCUUUAAGCCCUAAACAUUCACAUAUAUUUGUCGUUGUAUGAAUACGACUAACGUCCAUUAUAUUUUUUAAACGAUAAAGUGUAUAAAUCAUAGAAAGUCGUUGGAGAGAAAUUUAUUGAUUCCUAAUAUAAUUAAUUGGCGCGUGACAAUGUAAUCUCGCGAAAAUUGAGUGUAUUUUUCACUUGAUAUUUAUAUAAGAGUCCGUUUGUUGGCAAUUUGUCGCCGAUUUCACUCACGCGAGUGAAAACGUUCAUGUUUAGACUAUUCUUAGGGACGUGCGUGGAAUGAUUGCGGAUUGACGUGUGUAAAGCAUUAAUUAUUAAUAAGCUAUGCCGUAAGCGUCACGAUAUCACGAGGAAAUCCAUCUUUGUGGUAUCUUUCAUUUUUAAACGUCGCUUUGUCCUGCCUUCGAUAUAAGCGAUAUGCGAAAGAAUCGUUCGUAAUAUUAGAUAAAAGAAAGAAAUAGGGACGAGCGACUUGCACACGCGAUACGUGUGGUGUCCUAGUUGUAACGAUCAAAUGCAUUUCUUAAAUGCAAUUUCUGGAUCACCGAUAUUUCAAUAAAAUUCGCUCGAGACACCAAGUUUCGAAAGCGAAUUUCUUCAUGUAAAAUAAGUAAAAGAAAUUGAUAAGCACAAUCGUUUAUGCACACAAAACGUAAUCAGGGCUGUUUCGCAUCGAUAAGGGGGAUGAAAACUGAUUGAAAUCGAUAUGUCGACGAGUUCGGAUUUCGAUAUGAUACGAGAAAGGGAAUGAUCUCUGUAAUUAUUCUCUCGGCAAGGAAAGCAAAGGAGACACUACAGGAUACACACUACAGAUCGCAGCGUUUGAACUCGACGAAAAUUGUUAGCUGUCAAAAGGAACACGUGCGCGAGGAUGCAUCAUGCGAAUCAUAAGUCGCCGUUGUUGGCGUGCCGAACUUUACCUCCAAUUGUGAUAUGUUGUGCUGAAUGAUCCACGCGCGAAUCAGACAGCGUCCGUCAACAGCCAUCGACUGCCAAACUCGAGAUUUCUCUUAUAGGUUCCUCGCAGCGUGUGUAUUGGGAUACUUAUGGAGCGCAAGAGAGUAGCUCGUUGACGUAUAAUCGGCGCGCUUUUCACAAACCGCUUCUUUUUUUUUUCUCUCUCCCUUCGAGUUCCUUUAGCGCCACGAGAACGAAAUCCACGAAUGCGAUUUGUACUUGCUGAUCUACUAUUGUUGAUCUGUACAUCGAUGUACGGCGAUCUUAUAUUCGGUAGCAAGAAUCUGACUGCUAUAUUAUUUCAACUUUGCGAUGUGCCCUCUUAUCAUUUCCACGAAGAUUAGACUUAUUGUUAGGCUCUCCUGUAUUUUUAUCUUCCCCCUUUUUUUUUUUUUUGCAAAUAAUUUAUUUUUCGCGCAAACGCGAGCUAAAUUGCGAGCCGGGUCGCGCAAGGAUUGCUUUUCUGGAGGUGAAAACGAAAUGAGCUCAAGGACGCCGCGAAUGUUAAUAUAAUAAUUUUAAGUGAAUGAGAUAGGGAGCGACGAAGCUACUUUGUAUCGAGGAACGCGUUCUUCUUAAUCGUAGGGGAAGCGCGAACUCUACAGCGAGCACCGAAUAUGGCCACUACUUCGUUUUCGUAAGACGUAUCUUGAAAAUAUUUGUAUGUAAAUGAAUGACAAAAUAAUAAAAAGGAUAUACGCU